AUUUAUCGUGAGCAUCACUGCCUACAGUUCGUUGAGCCUCUUCAUCAUCAGCGUUUCAUCCUCACUGAAUGCAAUGGCUAAUCUUGGUGUGCUGUGGUGGCUGAAUGCGCGGAUGGCCGGUGCCGCCUUCCGGAGAAGCUUACUGCGGCCUCAGGCAGCCAGCUCUGAUAGCAUCAGCUCGACUUGAUUGACUAUCCGUAGUUAUCACAAUCACUAUCGAUCCGACUUUCAUUCCCCUCACCACCUCCCUUCACUCUCCCCUUUACGUGUUGGCUCAUCUCCUAAAGUCUGUUGCACUUUCUUGACCCCUCUUUAUACCAUUUCUACAAAGACCUGUACUUCGUUCUCACAUCUCUGUUCACAAGCGCCCACCUUUGACACCUCAAAUUCCAGUGCGGGGCUUCAUCAUGGGGGACCGACAAGCAGUGCAGCACACUUUGAACAACUUGCUUCAUAAGCUGGAUGAUCCCGAUCCGGAUAUGAGAUACAUGUCCCUCAAUGAUCUUCUUGGUCUUCUGAACAACCCAAACUCGUCAUAUCUGGCUCAUGACCAAGGCUCCGCCUCGAAGCUGGCCGAGGGCCUCCUCAAGGCGCUUGAUGAUCAACACGGCGAUGUCCAAAACCAGGCACUGAAAUGUCUCGGUCCCCUCGUUCAUCGACUACCAUUUGAGAAUCUCGCCUCUCUUCUCGAAAAGCUCACCAACCUCACUGCCUCCCAAACCAUCGAUACAUCCGUCCCCAACACCGCGCUACGAUACAUCGUCACUGCUCUCCCCCGCCCUCAGGCUGGACAGCCCCCCAGCCAAGAGGCCACUUCGGCUUACUCGGCGGUGUCUCGUGUGCUCAUACCUCGUCUGACGGGCCCCAUACCAUCACCUUCCAGCAGAAGAGGGUCUGUUGUCAAGGGUAUGCUCGAGAAGGAUCCAUCCAAGGGGUUCAGCAGCGAUGCCAUUGAUGUUCUUAUUCAAGUUGUCACUUGCUUCGGACCACUCUUGCAGGAAGCUGAGCUGACCGCCCUGCAAAACUCCGUCAUGUCCAUUGUUGAUAACGACACGGCUGGUACCGUGGUGACGAAGCGCGCACUGGCAGCCAUCUCGGCCUUGGUCCUUCAUUUCUCCGACCAUCAGCUUAACCUCUUCGUGAAAGAUCUCACCAAGAAGUUCAAUUCUCAACCCACUACGAUCCACCAGCGUCACCUUGUCGCCACGGUGGGCAGCAUAGCGAAGAGCGCCCCCGCAAAGUUUGGGCCCUACCUUCCGACGCUGGCGCCAUUCGUGUUCUCAGCCCUUGGUGAGGAUGCAGUGGCACCAGUCAGCUGAGCUGACUUUCUUGUGAUGCUCCGAUGGACUCCUCAAAAGAAAAAUUUCAAUGUAAUGUAGGAUCUCGUCUCGAUAGAUUGAUGAACUCCCGGUUAUCGCUGGACCUCGUGGAUUAUUAUACCCUCAAUGAAAACCAUGGUCUCAUAUCUACUUUCCGAACUAGUCCACUUGUGCAAGAUCACCCCAGUUGUAUUCUGGACGACUAUCUGAUAUCGCCAACGAUGCGCGCCUCCUGCUCGCCACGGCUGGUUGGCAGGGAUGGCAGCCACUGCCGUGCCCGCGUAACUUCCCGAUAUUUGGAUAUGAACUGCUACCCAAGGAGUUUCUAGGAAAACCUCCAGGAACCGAGAAAUAUAUUGUACUUUGAGCUGGUGUUUCUGUUGCAACUGGGCUAUCAGUCAAG